GCACAAGUCGGGCAGCGUUUGUCAGGGGUCCGAAAGGAAGGUAGGAAAGUCGAAGUGUUAGUUUUGCUAGAUGCAGUUUCGAUACACCAAUUCAUCCAUUUAACUAAGCAACGUUUCGAAACUUACCUAAACAAGAACACCUAAACAAGAACAAUCCUUCCUAGCCUCGCUCUCUUAUUCCAGUACUCACCUCCUACUACAACCACCAUUUUCCAUUUUCUCUCCUGGUCCCUGAUCGGGGACAGAAAAACUACGGCCCAAGAUGGAUUUCAACAGUCUGAAAGACCAGGUGACCAACCUAACGCUAUACGAUCUUAAGGCUGGCGUCCGCAAGGUUCAGAAUGCUGUUAUGAACUACACAGAGAUGGAAGCCAAGGUGCGAGAAGCUACCAAUAACGAGCCAUGGGGCGCCUCGUCGACUCUUAUGCAGGAAAUCGCCAAUGGCACCUUUAAUUACCAAACCCUCAACGAAAUCAUGCCCAUGAUCUACCGCCGUUUCACCGAAAAGGCCGCCGAAGAGUGGAGGCAAAUAUACAAGGCGCUUCAGCUUCUCGAAUUCUUAAUCAAGCAUGGCUCGGAACGAGUCAUCGACGACGCGCGCGGCCAUAUAACGCUAUUAAAAAUGCUGCGGCAAUUUCACUACAUCGAUCAGAACGGCAAGGACCAGGGCAUCAACGUCCGAAAUCGCGCAAAGGAGCUUGCGGAACUCCUGGGCGACGUUGAUCGGAUCCGGGCAGAGCGGAAGAAGGCCAGAAGCAACAAGGCCAAAUACACUGGAGUCGAAGGCGGUACCAUGGGAGGGUUCUCCGGUAGCAGCCGCUUCGGCGGAUUCGGUAAUGAGGCGGGCGGCGGCUAUGGCGGGUACUCGGGCGGUGUAUACGGAGACGGUGGCGGGUUCGGAGGCCAGUCUGAUGACUGGAAAGAUACCAGCGCCAGUCGUGCGGACAAGUUCGAAGAAUAUGAUGAGUUCGACGAAGGAUCUGCGCCGUCGAGCUCGUCUCGAGCGAAGCGGCCUGAGCGUAGCGAGAGGAUGGGCGUCAAGAAGACCGUCGAACCUGCAAAGAAGAAAGAGCCCGAGGUCGACCUCUUCUCUUUUGACGACCCUGCUCCUGCGGCGACCACCUCUGCAGCUACUCCGUCGAAUGGUUCUGGACUGGCUGCUCUGUCGACGGCCAGCAACGAUGACGAUGACUUCGAUGAUUUCCAAUCGGCAACGCCUGCGCCUUCAAACAACGUCAACAUCCCCCCACCUAUGGUGACGUCGCACGCUCAUUCCACCGCCCAAUAUGCUGCGCCAAAGCCUUUGUCCGGACCGCAGCAAGCUAACCUUCACGACAUGAUGUCGUCGAUCUCACCUCCCGCAAGCACCACUACGACACCUGCGGCUAACUACUCAUCUUUCGGCAUACCGGUAGCCGCGAGUAUGUCGGCCCAAGCGCCAAAGCCAACGACCAGCUAUCAAGCAGCAACUCCUAAUUAUUACCAGUCCGUCCAAGCCCACCCGACGGGAUCAUCAAUCUCUGGGGUAUCGUCCGCUGCUGGCGUUUCCACCUCAUCCGGCCUAUCAGCGCUUAACAAACCAGCAGCCCCAGCGACAGCUAAGCCUACCACCGGCGGUGACCCGUUUGCAAAUCUUUGGGGCCAAGCCGGUAACGGCUUGAAGAAACCGAGCACUCCGACUACAGGACCGAAGAUGGGUCAGCUUGCCAAGGAGAAGACCAGCGCGUCGCUCUGGGGCGCUCCCGCAGCAGGCACGCAAAAACCUGCGGGUAGUUCAGUUAACGCAUCAACCGGUAGCAGUGGCUUGGAUGACUUAUUAGGUUAGAGGACUACCCUAGCCCGUAACAAGGCCUUAGCCAAGACGGGGUCUAUGCAUGCCUACGAAAGAUAGGAGACUGUAUAUCACAUUGACGAUAUUAGCAACGUACAACGUUGCUCGGAACUUAGAAUUGGAGGUUGAUUGACAGUGGUCUUUUUCUUGUUGUUUUUUCCCCCUGUUAUUUAGUGGACUAUCGCAUGGAUGGUCUUGACACGUUCGCAAAAGGGCGCCUGGGAGUAAAAUGACUACGGUACAAUCUAAACAGAUCAAGCUACAGAUCGACAGCGUCUUUCGUUUGAUAAGAACUCUUGUGAAGACUAACAAACCACAGACAGAAAUAACAUUCUUGCGGUUUACAAUACCACAUGAUAUCGUAUCACCACUCGCCUGUUACGAUAUU